UUUGUGCCUCAGCAUCAUCGAUGUUUCCUCCGUCGACGAUUCGUUUCUCGAUGGAAACCCUCUCAGCCACCAACCUUCAGGUUAUCUUUCUCUUCUCUACUCAUUUAACUGCAGCCAUCGUGGCCGAAGAGAACCUCAUGACUCUCUUCGACUUCCCCCGAUUCCUCGAUGUAAUGGCCAAAGACAUGAAACCCGAACCCUUCGAUCGCCAACUCCGUGAUGCCUUCAAGGUCCUCAACAAGGACUCCACCGGCUUUGUCACUGUCUUCGAGCUCCGCCACAUCCUCACCAACAUCGGCGAGAAGCUCGAGCCCUCCGAGUUCGACAAGUGGAUCCGUGAAGCCCGUAGCGCGACGUCGUUUCUGGAAUGGUUCAAGGGCGAUUCUUAGAGCGCACUCGCUUGUAACUUAAGUGUUUAAAACACUUAACUGAGGAAUCGAAGAUUUAAACCCUAAUUUGCUGAAUCUACACCGAGGCGAUACAAACUGCGUGAUCAUUUAGCAUUCUGAAGAUUGAAAAAUGUUAUGAGACUAAAUUUGAGGUUCUAUGCAUCCUGGUAGCUACUUGAAUUCGCAGCGUUGAAUUAUUAGUUAUGAUAAAAUGGCUUUGGUUUUGCAUUUUCAUUUCUCAAUUGCAGCUAUCAAUGAUACUGACUCGAAAAGUCAGUGGGAACCUUUA